GCAACCUCUUCCUUCUCAUUGCACACUAAAGUCUUCGUUAUAGUUAUUCCUAAAUCCUAAUCCACAACAACUCCUAUAAUGCUCUCUUUAAUCGGAUCAUUAAACGCAAAUCAAAACCCUUUCUAAACCCUGCACUCUCACCUCACUGUAAUCACAUUCUCUUCUUCCUCUGAAUUCGGAGAGCAGAGGCAGCCAUGGCGAGGUGCUCCAAGAUGAAACCUUUACCCCCUUUCUUCUUUCUGUUUUACUUCCUGGUGGUGGUUCAGUUUCUGAGCGCAAGGAGCUUCUUUUCCAUGGCUUCCAAUGUCACUUACAACCGCCGUGCACUUCUCAUUGAAGGCAAGCCCAGAGUCCUCAUUUCCGGCUCCAUUCAUUAUCCUCGCAGCACACCCGAGAUGUGGCCGGACCUCAUCCGAAAGUCUAAGGAUGGCGGGCUUGAUGUUGUGGAGACCUAUGUCUUUUGGAACCUCCAUGAGCCCGUGCGCAACCAGUACGACUUUGGAGGUAGGAAGGAUUUGGUUAGGUUUGUGAAGACGGUAGCAGAGGCUGGACUGUAUGUCCACCUACGGAUCGGACCAUAUGUUUGUGCAGAGUGGAACUAUGGAGGAUUUCCGGUUUGGUUGCAUUUCAUACCAGGGAUCAAGUUCAGAACUGAUAAUGGGCCCUUCAAGGCAGAGAUGCAGAGAUUCACAGCGAAGAUUGUAAAUAUGAUGCAGCAGGAGAAUCUCUACGCGUCCCAAGGGGGUCCCAUUAUCUUAUCUCAGAUAGAGAAUGAAUAUGGUAAUGUUCAGUCAUCCUAUGGUUCAGCAUCAGCGAAAUCUUACAUUAGCUGGGCGGCUUCCAUGGCCACCUCUCUUGAUACAGGUGUGCCAUGGGUGAUGUGCCAGCAGGACGAUGCCCCAGACCCCAUUAUAAAUACUUGCAAUGGAUUUUACUGUGAUCAAUUUACACCAAAUUCUGCCAAUAAGCCAAAGAUGUGGACAGAAAAUUGGAGUGGAUGGUAUCUUCAAUUUGGUGGUCGAACACCGUAUAGACCUGUGGAAGACCUUGCAUUUGCCGUUGCACGGUUUUUCCAGCGUGGUGGCACUUUCCAGAAUUAUUACAUGUAUCAUGGAGGAACCAACUUUGGUCACACUUCAGGGGGUCCUUUCAUCACCACGAGUUAUGAUUAUGAUGCUCCUAUCGAUGAAUAUGGUAUAAUUAGGCAGCCUAAAUGGGGCCACUUAACAGACUUGCAUAAAGCCAUAAAGCUUUGUGAAGAAGCAUUACUGUCGGCUGACCCAACGAGUCCCUCUCUUGGUCCAAAUUUGGAGGCACAUGUGUAUAAAACAAAUUCCGGGAAAUGUGCAGCUUUUCUUGCUAAUAUUGGCACUCAGUCCACCGCAUCUGUUACUUUUAAUGGCAAGACUUACCAAUUACCUCCAUGGUCUGUUAGCAUCCUUCCUGAUUGCCAAAAUGUGGUCUUCAAUACUGCCCAGAUCAACUCUCAAUCUACUACUGUGGAAGCUUUAUAUCUGAACUCUGCACCUCAAUCCUCAGAUAAACCAGCUGCUUCCUCUAUUUCUUCACCAUCAGAUUGGACUUUCGUUAAUGAACCCAUCGGUAUAUCGAAAGACAAUGCCUUCAAGAAAAAUGGGUUACUGGAACAGAUAAGCACCACUAGUGACAGUACUGAUUAUCUCUGGUAUUCAAUAAGUAUUGAUGUAAAUGGAAGUGAGUCAUUUCUUAAUGGCCCUUUGCAAUCAAAUCUCCAUAUAGAAUCACUUGGCCAUGUUCUCCAUGUUUUUGUUAAUGGUAUUCAUUCAGGAAGCGCGCAGGGGACGAAAAUCUCCUUUGAUAAUCCCAUUGUUUUUUCUCCGGGAAGCAAUAAAAUUGAUCUUUUGAGUGCAACAGUUGGUUUGCAGAAUUAUGGUGCAUUUUUUGACCUCACUGGUGCUGGAAUUACUGGUCCUGUACAGCUGAGGGGCCAAAAAGGAACAUUGGAUUUAUCUUCUGAAGAGUGGACAUACCAGGUUGGUCUUAAAGGCGAGUCGUCCGGCUUAUAUAGCAGUUCUCUAAAUUCAUCAGAUUGGGUCUCACUUCCUAAUAUUCCAAAAAAUCAGCCAUUAAUCUGGUACAAGGCGAGCUUUGCCGCUCCCGAUGGCAACGAUCCCAUCAUAAUAGACUUCACGGGGAUGGGAAAGGGGGAGGUGUGGAUCAACGGGCAGAGUAUCGGCCGGUAUUGGCCGACUAAUUUCGCUUCACAAAAUGGAUGCAAUUCAUGCAGUUACAAAGGAUCUUAUAACUCUGAUAAGUGCCUGAAAAACUGUGGGAAGCCUUCUCAACAACUGUAUCAUUUGCCUCGCUCCAUGGUUCAGUCUGGAAGCAACACAAUGGUUCUUUUUGAAGAGAUUGGUGGAAAUCCAGAGCAAAUAUCAUUCGCCAUUAAGCAGGUUAAAAGCAUAUGUGGGUAUGUUUCAGAAUCUCACCCUGCUCCAUUGGUGGAGUCUGAGCUGCCCUUUCAGAAGACCACCAUGAAUUCCACACCUCUCCUCAAGCUGGAGUGCCCGUAUCCUAAUCAGCUCAUCUCGUCCAUAAACUUUGCGAGCUUCGGGACUCCUUCUGGCGAGUGUGGCGGCUUUAGUCAUGGUCAGUGCAGCAGCGAUCGAGCCCUCGAUGUUGUUAAAAAGGAAUGCUUGGGGUUGAAGAGUUGCAGCAUCAGUGUCUCCCCCAACGUGUUUGGGGACCCAUGUGAGAAGGUCAUUAAGAGCUUGGCUGUGGAAGCUGCCUGCUCAUGAUAAAGAGAUGUUAAUGGCCGCCAUUGUUGGCUUCUGUGUAUUUCUCAAACGAGAAAUGGAGCAGAAGAAAGAAGAUAAAAGAAGAAGUGUACAAUAAAUAAUACGUAAUAAAGAUGAAGGACCUUCAGGAGGAAUUGGGCUUGAAGGUCUGGUUUGCUAACCUUUGCUCAGCCAUUAGUUUUCUUGUUUUGGUUUUGGUUGGGGCUGUGAAUUUUGCUCGGAGAUCGGUAAUUGCUAGAAAAAAUGAUUCGAUUGGAUCGAAAUGAACAAGCUGAGCUAUGGACCGAAACUUUGGAUUGAUUUUU